AUGGAGGGCGGUGAUCAAGAUUGGCUGAUGCUCGAGGAGGAGCAGGUUCCAGCUCUUCGAGAGGCUCAACGACUCGCCACGGAUCGGAUCUGUACUCGGCCGGCUUGUGGCCAGCCCCUGCCCCUCCUCGCCCGUCGGCGUCGCCGCUGCCAGGCCUGCCAGGCGGAGUUUUGCUCGCGCUGCUGCACUGCUUAUGGCGGUGGUACCUCAUUCCUUUGCCUCGAUUGUUGUGCGGCCCAACCCCAUCUUCAUCAAGAGCCGGGUGUGCAGCGCAACAAGUCGACCGAAUUUUUGGCCCGACGCCGGGUUUUUCGCAAUCACACCCACAGCGAUCUUCGGCUGCAGGCCGUCCGGCUGGCCCGAGGCUUGCCCAAGCCCUCCUUGGCCAGCUCGCUCUCGCAUACAUUGGGUCUUGCCACGCCCGCAACGAGCCGCUGGUCACGCUGCAACGUGCUUCCACAAGCCGCUACGGCGCCUGCGUGCCACGCUUGUAAUGCGCCCUUUCAAGCCCUACUUCGCCCGCGUCAGUUCUGCCGCCUCUGUGGGCGAGCCCUGUGUGCCAAGUGUAUUUUCAAUACCAUCCAAGUCUAUCGUCAAAACCUAGGGGAUAGCGACGCCAAGGUGCAGGUGUACCACCCAGACCUGGAGCAGCCAGCACAGAGUGUCAUACUGCCAGGCUGCGACGCGUGCUUGACGGCCCUGGAAGAUGCCUGUGGCUUGGAUCGGCGCCUGGACCUGGCUGCUCGCCAGCGUCAAAAGAGUCACUCUUCACCCACCCCCUCCCAAGCGGGCGUACAAUCCAGUAUGUCCGGCUCUGCAGCUCGGGACCAAGGUCCGGGCGGACUCGAGCCGAACAGUGCGAGCGAACCCUUCCACCGGGUGUGCCAGCUCUACAACAAGAGGCUUUUUCAGCUGGCCCGCCAACUACGCCAAGACUUUGCCCGCUAUCACAUCCUCGUCUGCUCAAUCUCUGGACAGGACGUCCAGGUGGCGGCCACCCCUGUGCUUUCCGCCAGCCUGCACGCUCUUUUGCUAAAUGCCGAGGCGGACCUAGCCCAAGUGGGUUCCCGUGAUCGGGUCAAUCUGGUGGCCAAGAGUCAGGUCGACCUCACUGAGGGCUUUGAGGCUCUGCAAAAGUGUACCCUUCAACUGACGGGCCUACUUAAACGACAGGGACCUGACAUGCGCCCCGUCGAACAACGCGUCACCCGCAACCUCAUCAACGCGCAUGCACGCCUCUACCAAGAGCGUAUUGGAGCUUUUCGUGCGGCCCGCGCCCAACUGGCAGAGGUUUUACCCGACCACGUUUUGACGGUGAUACAGGCCACCAAUGACGAGCGCGCCUUGCGCUUUGCCGUGACCCAGCUGCGCCAAGUUGGCAUCGAGCUUAUGGCUUUUGAUCGCUUGCAGUCCCUGGCUGCCGACACCGCCAGUUGCCUCAGCGUGCUCGAAGACGACUGGCAUCGAAGCCUGACGUCCAUCAAUCAAAAUUCAUCCGAGUCCAUGCCAGCCCUGGAGUUCGACGCCGAAAGCGCCGCCGUUCAACAGUUGGUGCAGGACCUCUUUCGCUCGCAGCCGCUGCUGCUCCCGUGUCUCAAGGUGCCGCACGCACCUACACGACAGCAGCAG